AAAGCGGUCCCCUUUUCAAUGCAAGUGUUGAAGCAGAUCCAGAAGUCCAUGGAGGCAAUCAUCCGAGAGGACCCUUCACGAUUUGCAAACUAUGGUUCCUUCUUCUUUGUCCUGGAAUGCAAGGGAAUCAAGUUGUGGACGAAAACCACCCUGUCAGGAGCCGUUCAAACGCCAGUCCAAGCUCUCCUCCAUGGACUUCCAGCUCUGGAUUGGUCCCACAUGGUAGACAGGGCCAAUGGGGAGCUCUUGGUCGACUUGGGAAUCAGCAUUCACCCCACAUGUGAUGAAAAGCUCGUUGGAUUGUGGAGACUGGAUGCCCUGGAAGCUUCCUUUGGGGCAGGUGGAUAUUUGCGAGGAAAUGCCCACCACACUUGCAUGCUUGGACGGUAUGGGGGGAUCCAAGCAGAGAUGUCACAGGAGCGAGCAAGGCAAACUCACAUUGCAUUCAGAAGUGCAUAUAAUCUGGCCUACGAGGUGAUCCGACCCAACGACAACAGCCCCACCUUUGUCAUGGACAAGGAUGCUUAUGCCCUGAACAAUGACUUCAUUGGGGAAUGCAUGCAGGCCAUCAACAUGUAUUCUGGAGAUGCAAAGAAGAGGUCAUAUGGGGUGCGAGACGAGUACAGGAUGAGUGGGGCUGCAGUGGAGCAGGCAAUACUGGUGGUGCCACAAAGGAUGGAAGAGCUUUUAGCCUCCAAUCCCAUUCUCUGGAUCCCGACCAAAGUCUGGUUGGAAUUUAUGGCUAGACACAUCAGGGCCCUCCAGUUGGCUCAGAUCUCUCUCAAGGAACUGGAACCACCCAACCUUGGGAUUCUGACUGGCAUCAUCUGCCACAUGAUUCGGUGCACGUCCACCACUGCAAUAAUCCUUGACUUCCAUGUGAGAGAGUCCAUGGCCCUUCUGCAGGUCUCCAGGGUGUGUGAGCGGUUUGGAAUGUUCUUCCUUUUGGACCUGGACUUGCAUCAUGUCCCCCAUCUUCCAGAAGUUCAGGAUCAUGACAACCUGGAGGUGCUCAAGCUGAUGGAGGGAAAGUUGAAGAGGGGUGAUGGACGACCUGCCUGGCCAAGGAUUCCCCCUCUGGACGAAGUGGAACAAUUUCCCAUUGGCAGCAGACCGACGUGGGCCAAAUUGACAAGGACCAUCCAACUGCAGCCUUGGUUGAUCAUGCAGGACUGGAAGUGGUCGGCCCAACUGUCCAGUCUGGGGCCAGUGGUAGGGAAACUUUUCGUUCUGUUUACCUGUCAGCUUUGGAUCCAGUUGGAUGCGACUUGGCUGACAGGCUCAGAGGGAAAACCAGAGCCAACAUCUUUGGAAGAAGCCAUUCAGAGUUGGACUCUGAACCAGACCUUCAGGACAAUACGUGCCUGUGAAUUCAAGGCCUGCAAUGCAGAAAUUGCAGGGAGUGGAGGGGCUGGUUGCCGACAGUCAAGCUUUGCAGAGAGGGUCAACCUGUUUUUCCCAGGACCCACAGCAGGACAACCUUCACGGAGGUCACCAUGGAAUGUCUUCUGGACGAAGCCUGGCUAUAUUUGGGAGUAUCACCAGGUGAUGAAGAACAGGACACCCCUGGAGGAGUUUGAGGUGCUGGACCACCUUGGCAGGAUAUUUUCUGUCCUUCAGACAUUACCUGAUGCGACCAAAGGGAGUGAAAAGAGUCCUGGGAAGACAUGGCGGGUGGAGGGUGAGAAGGUGGUUCUGGUGACAAAUCCCAAGUUCUACAAGAUCGAGGGUAUCUCCACCGAGAAGGAACAGCAACAGGCCAGGAGAUGA